CGAAGUCAAGAUAACCUUCCGCGCUACCUGUGCGGCACCAUUUCUUGAUUACAGGUGUGUCUUUGAUCGGAUCAGCUUGAGGACGCUACCUGUGUACAUCGCCGACAAUGUUGAUAUAUACACUUUCCGCUUUCUGCGCCUCUAUGCUGGUGACAGCUGCGGAAGCGGCAGAUCCUGUUAGCCUCACAGAUGUGAUAAAGCUUCAGAUGCCUUGUCCUAUAUUUGAAUGCAUGUACCUCGCGUGUCCGAGCGGUCAGUAUAAAACUAACUACGUCACCAUCAAUGGCCGCCAGUGCCCCUCGUGCCAGACAUGUGUGGAUACAGCUUCAAUAACUGCCAGGAAAAUAUCGCCAAAUCUUUUGCCGUGUCCUAUUUUCGAGUGCAAGUUCUGCCCAAGUGGUAAUUACGAGCCAAACCACAUCACCGUGAAUGGCCAGUCUUGUCCGGCGUGCGGCAUCUGUCUGGACAGCCAUAUUCUAUCGGGCAGGGACAUAGAGGAUGUUGAGUGUCCAGCCCUCAUGUGCGCAGCGACCAAUGAAUGUGACCAGGCUGACCUCGUCGUCAGCUACUUCGACUUCAACGGCAAAGAAUGUCCCGGAUGUAAAAUGUGCCCGAUGUAGAGUGUUGCAUGGAGAUAUACACUGGACAAAUACAAUAUAAAUAUAAUAUAAAUACA